UAUUGUUCCCGACAAGAGAUGAGCCAACCAGUAAUGUUGAGCGUUGUCUAGUUGCUAAGCAACGAGUCGUCCAAUUACAACGCGCCCCCCCCCCCUAGAAUUUAAAUAAUGGCACCGCCUUCUCGGCACGUCAACACAAGAUGGCGGCCGUGCAACACACUGAAGCAUACCUUGGCUUCGACUUCAGCACUCAGCAGUUGAAGGUUGUCGCCAUCGAUCACAAGCUGAAUGUCAUCCAUCAGAACCAAGUGCACUUUGACUCUCAGCUACCCGAGUUCAGGACGGAGGGGGGCGUCCAUGUGGGUGCAGACGGCCUGACGGUGACAUCACCCGCUCUAAUGUGGGUCAAGGCUCUGGACCUCCUAUUGGAGCAGAUGAAGGAAGCGGGCUUCGACUUUUCCAGGGUGCGAGCGUUGUCAGGCAGUGGUCAGCAACACGGGAGCGUGUACUGGAAGAAGGGAGCGGCGACGACCCUCCAGCAGCUCCACCACCAACGCAGCCUCAGCCAUCAGCUCAAAGACUGUUUCUCAGUGCACGACUCCCCCGUGUGGAUGGACUCAAGCAGCGGACUGCAGUGUGAGCGCCUGGAGGAUGCAGCAGGGGGUGCUGCCAAGCUGGCAGACAUCACGGGCUCCAGAGCCUAUGAGCGUUUCACAGGAAGUCAGAUUGCCAAAACGCGCGACGAACGACCGCGAGAGUUCCAAGAUACCGAGAGGAUCUCAUUGGUCAGCAGCUUUGCGGCAUCGCUCUUCCUCGGCAGGUACGCUGCCAUCGACUACAGUGACGGUUCAGGAAUGAAUCUUCUGGACAUCCGUAGCAAAAAGUGGAACGAGGCCUUGCUGGAGGCCGUGUGUCCCGGUCUGGACGUUCUGCUGGGGAAGCCGAUGCCCUCCGCGUCCGUGCUAGGCGCUGUGUCGUCCUACUGGGUGCGCAGGUUUGGCUUCUCGGACACGUGCGCCGUGGUCGCCUUCACUGGUGACAACCCAGCAUCUUUGGCGGGGAUGAGACUCCAGCAGGGAGACCUGGCUGUGAGUCUGGGUACCAGCGACACAGUGUUCGUGUGGCUCCAGCACGCCCGUCCUGCUCUCGAAGGUCAUGUGUUCAUCAAUCCUGUCGACUGGCGACAUUUCAUGGGCUUGCUGUGUUUCAAGAACGGCUCUUUGACUCGAGAGCGACUGAGGAACCGCUGCGCUGAUUCAUCAUGGGAACGCUUCUCUGCUGCUUUGAGGCAAACGCCUCUUGGAAACAACGGUUACAUUGGUAUACUUUUACUAUUUCUCAUUGCCCCUAUCCUUCCUUCUUUUCUUCCUUCUUCUGACAUCAUGUUUCUAGGCCUUUAUUUUGACGUCAUGGAGAUCACCCCUCGUGCGGUGGGAGUUCAUCUCUUUGACGCAGAAGACAACAAGGUGUCAUCAGUGAGCGCUGAGGCGGAGGUGCGGGCCCUGGUGGAGGGUCAGUUCCUUUCACGGCGGCUCCACGCCGAGCGUCUGGGUUACUCCAUCAUUCCAGGAAGUCGAAUUUUGGCAACAGGCGGAGCGUCGUGUAACAAAGAGAUUCUGCAGGUGUUGUGCGACGUGUUUAACGCUCCAGUUUACACCAUGGACGUGUCCAACUCUGCUUGCCUCGGCUCCGCUUACAGGGCUCUGCACGGUGUGCUUGACCAAUCAGACGUGUCCUUCUUUGAUGUGACGAAAGAAGCUCCUGAAGCACGACUUGCCACCACGCCACAGCUUCAUGCACACCAGGUGUACAACGAGAUGCUGCAACGUUAUGGCCGCUUGGAGAAGAAAGUCCUGCAGGAGCUCCGCUCCUAAACCGCUCACUUAAAUCUGAUUGGCCAACGUCAGCCUCAACCCAAGUUGGUUUUCAAUGAGGAUGCGCGCAUUGUGACAAAUGUGCACAACACAUCCCUUCACGAUGGGACAUUUGUUGCAAAUUAAUGAAAACAUUCCUGCCAUUGACUUCCUGUCAGCCUGUGUGUGUUCGUGUGUGUGUGUGCGUGUGUGUGCGUGCAUCAUAGCAGUAUGUAAAAGCAUGAGGAGGCACACUGCUUUGGACAAUGACGUGAUCGUUUUAUUCAGAUUCACAAGUUUUUUUAGAAGACAAAAGGAGGGGUUUUUUGUAUUCUGAAUGUUACUCAUUAAUGUUACUUAAGAACGCUAAAUUCUAUCACAAAUGUAAAUUCAGUAACAAAGAAAACAACUUUAAAUACUUUAUAAUAUACUAUAAUGCGAUUGGACGGCGAACGGCUCAGGGUGUACCCCACCUACCGCGUGAGGAAAAAGCGAUACGGAAGAUGAAUAAAUAAAUAAAUAAAUGUCUGACAUUAAA